AUGUUAGACCCGUUUGACCAGAAGAAAGUUUCUAUAUUGAAGGAGAUCUCGUCCACCAACGAAGACUCUCCCGAUGCUUCUCCAAAGGGUACUAUCGAUGAGCUCUGUAUUCCCAUAAUAGAACUUAUAAACUCGCACAAUGAUAUGGUGACUACUUCUUCGUGUUCAGGAAGAGUAUCAGUUUUCCUUGAAGGGAUCAAGAAUGUGGGACAUGACGAUACAAAGAUCGGAGCCAAAGGUAACCAUGGUAGAUGGAUCUUUGUCACUCACGACGUGAAUCAGUUAAAAAACUGGGAUAGUCAGGUUGAUUUUCAAUACGAACAAAGUUGCGAGUUGGAGAAGUUAGACAUCACAACACGCUAUAUUCUUUUCAAGUUUGAGCCUCUUAUACUUCAUGUAAAGUGUAGAGACUUGAAGCUGGCUACUGCCUUAUACACUGCGGCCAUGAAUUGUGGGUUCAGGGAAUCAGGAAUCGGAUCCAAUAACGUUGUAGCUAUCAGAAUAUCCAUCAAGCUUGACACUCCCAUUGGGUACUUGAAAGGAGACAGGUUGGUUUCCGUUGUGAGUACUUCGUAUUUGAGCAUGUUGACAAAACUUGCCGAGGAUCGUUUCAAAGAGAAUGCUAAGAAGAUAGACGAGUUGUACAAGGCUAUAUCUGGAUUCAACCAAGUUGAGAAGAUCGAUGAGGUUACAGAGACAAAAGAACAGAGACGAGAACGCAAAAUCCGGGAAGGAAUGGAAAUACGAGAAGCAGUUAGAUUACAGAAGGAGAAGAAACGAAAAGAGAAGGAGCAAAAGCAGCAAGAGCAACAGCGGCAAGAGGAGUUGAACAAUAAGAUAGAGAAGUUGGCUAUCUAG